AUGACAUCGAACUCCAACAAAGACGAAAAACCUCAUCACUUUUCUUCAUCAAAUGAGUCGACUGGCGACAACUUACUUCGUAAGUGGGCUGAACCUUCCCCAAACUGGCUAAAAGCCAUCAAGGAAUGGAAUUGGCUGUGGAAAGCUCAUGUCCAUGGUUUCGGAGGACUUUUUGUUCUUGUAGCGCUGUACGCGAUUAUGUGCUGUAUCGCUUCUCGUAAAACUGUCUUAACACAACACAGAGCCCAUCGCACUGUAAUGAACUUCAUUUUGCUUGUUGCGGGAUUUCUUCGAUCUUUGAUCCUCUUUUGGGAUCCUUAUGCCUCCAGUAGCGACACAACAGACUUGCAGCUCCUCUUCUGCAUUAUUUCUUGGGGAAUAUCCACAGCUUGUAUCACAUCAAGUUUUAGCAUCAUGCUUCUGAUCUUUUUGGAAACUACUAUGACCUCACUGGGUCCCGCCCGCUUUAAAAACUUACCGUGCCUGCUUUCAAUAACUCUGGUUAACGUCGUUUACUUACUGAUGUCUGACUUAGUGGUUUGGUUUCAUCAUGAAGCGAAGGUGAUGAUCUUUACAUGUCAUGUUACAUUUGCGGUCUGGGGACUAGCGGUGUCAGUUGGGUAUUCAGUUGCCGGAAUCAGAAUGUGGCGCAAUUUAAAAUCAUCUCUGGGUAGAACUUUCUUCAACCGAGCGUUAGACAGAGACUUCAGACGACUUAAGAGAUUAUUUAUUCUGAUGUGUUGGGCAUCUUGUAUAGGAAUAUUCAAGUUUUCGCUGUCACUGUACAAUGCUAUUGGGGAAUACGGUGUUUUUUCCGAUAUUGGUUAUGUCAAAAGCUGGCCUUGGUUUGCGGUGCAGUCAUCUUUAAGACUUUUAGAGUUUCUUAUUUGCUUUUUUAUUUUCCUCAUUGCCUUUAGGAAUGGGAAAAAUAACAGUCACACCAACCCUGAGAUUUGUUCCAAUGAACUGAACCAACGACAGCAUUUAGAGUCGAAUGUACCCAACUAA